AUGGACAACCCGGUCGAGCACGUUGCUUCUGAUACCGCGGGUUCCGUUACUUCAGGAUCGCGGCUGCUCAAAUGGUACCAGGGAUGCCUAAAUCACCACGAAGAUUGUCGUCCCAUUUUCGAUAGCUCGUAUAGACCUUCCCGGCUGCUUGAUCUUAGACAAGCGCCCUCAGAGCCAGUCAAGCUGGUAGCCUUUGAUGGCGAAGACUUAGAAUCCUCUAGUCCCGCUUAUGCCACCUUGAGCCACUGCUGGGGGUCAUCUCAACCGUUGCGGCUACUCACAACGAACAUCGAACAAUUAAAGGAAGGUAUUCCCCGUGAUACCAUUCCCCGUGUGUUCUCAGAAGCUAUCGAUGUGUGUUGGCAUCUCGGGCUUCGGUACCUGUGGAUCGAUUCUCUAUGCAUUCUUCAAGAUUCAGUAGAAGACUGGGUACGAGAAUCGCAGCUCAUGGGCAUGAUCUACUCCAGGGCCAUGAUCAAUAUCGGAGCGACGGGUUCGACGAAUUGUAAUGGGAGUCUUUUCAACACCGCGCAAGAGGCCCCUUCUGUAGGGCUGGUAGCCUGGGAAGGAGUCGAUGACAUUAAGUACGUAGUAGUCGAAAACGAUAUUGAAUGGUCCAAAAGCUUUAUGGAUCAACCAUUACUCCGACGAGCUUGGGUCAUGCAAGAACGACUUCUCGCAACGCGAAUGAUUCACUUCGCCCAGUCGCAGCUUGUUUGGGAGUGCCGGACCACUGCAGCCACUGAGGCAUAUCCGGUUCGGGUACCGGAAGCUCUAUGGCCUUUCCACAAUCGACGUAACCGCUUUUGGGGCGCAGAAUUCACUGAGGAUGACGGGGCCUGGUCGGUGCUGGUUGGUGAAUACAGCAAGUGCGAACUCACAUUCAGCAAAGACAAAUUGGUUGCACUGUCUGGUCUUGUUACAGCGCUAGAAGCCACUGGGCUCACUCGCGGUCGCUAUUGGGCUGGAAUGUGGGAGGCUGAUCUGCCGUACUGUCUUCUCUGGACCAGAGGGGCCAUUGACCCGAGCCAACAGGAAGCAUCUCGUCCAUCUGCCUAUCGAGCUCCCUCGUGGUCUUGGGCUUCUUUGAAUCACCCCAUAUGGACAGCUUGGGCGUCGGGGUCAGCAGAGUCACCACUUGUCUCUCAUUGGGGCGUCAAAGAGGAAAAAGGCCCGAGCUCGUCCGCAUCACUGCUCUUACACUACCCUGUUUCUAUACAUUUGAAAGGUCCACUUGUACAGGUAGAGAUUCAGGUCAAGGGACCUCGCGUAGAGGCAAUCGGCCGGGGCAUUGAGAGGGUCCAAGGAGUCUCGUACAGCAUUGCACGAAUUGUUAAGAAGAGGUCGACGAUCGAUUUCCGGGACGAUUUCUGGGACGAUGCUUGGAACGACGUCGUAUUUGACGAUUUCGAUGAGACUAAUCUGAUCAAGAAGACCUGGGGUGCUCCAAUAUAUGAAUGCGAAGAAUGGAUAGAAGACGCAGAUGACGACAUGCGCUUGCUCGGAUUGCUACUAGAAGAAGUCGAACACGGAACUUUUCGUCGAAUUGGAGCAUUUUCAAUCGGACACCUUCCUGAUCGACAAGCUUUGAAGCGACUAGCGGCUCGUACGUAUACGAUUAUCUAG